UAAGAGAGGAAGGGUCUUGACAGGAGGCUGCUGUCUCGGAACUAUUUCCGUGGCUCCGCCCCCUUGCCCGUCCGUAGCCCCGCCCCCUUGCGACACGAAGCGGUCAGGACACAGGCUGACCAGUUUGGGGUGGAGGUGAAUGAGCAGCCGGAGAAAUGGCUAGUGAGCAGUAUCGUCAAUUCUGGGCAGGCUUCAUUGAAAUUUAUCAGGAGAAUGAGUGCCUGUGGAGAGUGAAGAGCGCGGACUAUUCCAACAGGACCAAGAAGAAUAGGGCAUUUCAACAGUUGAUCGAGUACAGUAGAGGCCAAAACAGUUCUGUGGACAUUGCUUGGGUGAAGAAGAAGAUUGCUAAUUUCCGAACAGUCUUCAUAAAAGAACACAAGAGGGUGGAAGAGUCACAGCGAUCCGGAGCCGGGACAGAUGAGGUCUAUAAGCAGACACUGUGGUACUAUGACCUCUUCAAGUUCACGUUGGAGCAGGAGCCGCGGACAAGGUCACUGGGAAGCCUGGAUCCAGAAUCUCCAAUCCUCAUGGAAGAGGAGGCCCAGGAGAGUCUGGAUCUGGAUCUUACCCAGGAGCUGGAGGUGGAGCAGUCGACUCCGGAAUCUGCAGAGGUGGUCGAGUCUGAGGAAUCUGCAGCACCUCAGUCACGUCCUCCCACACGACGGAGGACAUCCAGGAGGGUCACCUCUGCCGCCUACAGCUCACAGCAUUUUUUUGCACAUGCUGAGGAGGUUCUGAAUAGGUCCCCGGAUUAUGAACAAACCUUUGCCAAUUUCAUUGCGGCGGAGAUGAGGCAGAUGACUGAGGAUCAAAAGAGGAUCCACAAGUGCCUGGUACUUGAUGCUACCACACGCGCCAUCGACCGGACACUGGUCGAUGAGUGUGAGAUAGUGCCACCUGCCAGACGCCAUCUCCAAAAUGUUCCCCCAUCCACCUUUCCACAUCACCAUCCCAUGCAGUAUGCGCCGGGAAAUCCUCCUCAUCAGAUGUCUUAUUUUCCGGCGGGACCCACACAGCCCAGCCCCUCCCCUCAGCCUAGCACGUCGUACUCCGACAUGCCACCUUCACAGGCAUCGGUCCUGGGCGACCCUCGUUUUUUUAAUUUAUAAUUUUGUUUUUCAGCCCGGUUUUUUAGUAAGUGUAAAAAUCUGUUGUUGACCUUUUCCUACACUGUUGCUCCAAGUGAACUAUACUGAGGUCUAUAGUUCCACAGCGUUGGUUUUAUGACAUAAUUGUCCCGGACUUUUGAUCGUUGUGAUGAGUCCACUCCUUGUGCUCCUUCAAGAGACUGUUCGGAAAAGUGCACUAUUUCUCCUUCACCCAGUGCAUGUUCGCAGCACUGUUAGUCUCUACUGUACUGUUGUAAGAGUUCUGCCCGAUUCUUCUAAUGUUCUGUUGGGAUAGUCCGCGCAAAAAGGGCACUUAUUCUCAUGAUACAGUCAAUGAAGCCUGCCUAGAAUUGGCUGUAUACUGUAUUAUUUUCAAAUUUUAUAAAGUUUUGCAAAAUCAACAAA